AUGAAAGACUUUAUGGCAAAGCAGUCAAUUCCCGGAGCGGUUCUCGCCUUUAGACUCGAUCUGGCGUUUGGCCAGUAUUUCAAAGUCAUUGACUUCGGCACUGAUUGGACNGGUUAUACGGAUGUCGAGAACGAUGUCAUCACUCAUAAGGACUCGAUCUGGCGUUUGGCCAGUAUUUCAAAGUCAUUGACUUCGGCACUGAUUGGACGGCUUAUGGACAAGAAGUUGAUUGAUCUCAACCACGAUAUUCACACAUAUUUGUCACCGGAUUUCUAUCCCUAUAAGACAUUCAACGGAUCGGCAGUUAAUAUAACCGUACGGCAAGUGAUGUCACAUUUAGCCGGACUUCAUAUGAGUGAAGUACCCGAUUAUUAUGACGUCUUUCGGGCAACAAAUGUGAGCCAAACUAUUGAUAUUGUCGACGAGUUGUGCUCAUACGAGGGCUGGUGGCCGGCGAUGGGUAUGAUAUCGACGGCCAGUGAUUUAAUAAGGUUUGGAAACGCCAUGAUAUCAGCUUAUAAGGGCAAAACGUCAGAUUUCUUAAGCGAGAAAACAGUGAAAGAGUUGUGGAUUCCGGAGACUAUGGGCAAAAUAAAGCCCGAAUGGUUUAACCCAAGAGAUGAAUAUGGCAAAGGAUGGUUUAUAAAACACAUUCCCGAUACCGAUCCCUACCCUUAUCGGACACUAAUGUGGCAUUCGGGAGGAAUAUUGGGCUCAACAACAAUGCUUACACUGUUUCCCGACCAGAAUAUAGUUGGCGUCGCCUUCACUAAUAAGGGCUAUGUAUUAGAUUUGGAUCAAAUCAUCCUAAAUGUGGCCAAAAAUUUUAAACAAUUUUUAUAA